AUGACAUCCCUCACCCGGACAUGGGCCUGCUUUUUUGUAUGCUGCUUCCUGUCUAGUCUGACACUUCCUGUGACAUCUCAAACAGUGGUGCAAGCCCCGCAGGCUCACAGCGCUGGCUCCCAGGUGAUCACAGUGUCCCUUCAGGAGGACGAGUAUUCAUCCUUCCAUGCAGAGAACCCUGAGUGGAAAUUCAACCAUCUGGCGGUAGACUAUCGCAAUGGCAAUGUUUAUUUGGGUGCCGUCAAUCGCAUUUAUAAACUGUCCCCUGACCUGGAUGUCCAGGUGUCCCACGAGACUGGCCCAGAUGAAGACAACCGCAAUUGCUACCCACCACGUAUCGUCCAGCCAUGCAGUGAGCCACUGUCACUCACAAACAAUGUCAACAAAAUGCUUCUCAUGGACUACCGGGAGAACCGGCUGCUGGCAUGUGGCAGCCUCUACCAGGGCAUCUGCAAACUCCUCCGUUUAGAUGACCUCUUCAAACUAGGGGAGCCCUUCCACAAGAAGGAGCACUAUCUCUCUGGUGUAAAUGAGAGCGGCUCAGUGUUUGGUGUCAUCGUUUCAUAUGGCAAUGCCUCUCCGGACAUGCUGUUUAUAGCCACAGCAGUGGACGGCAAGCCAGAGUACUUCCCCACCAUCUCUAGCCGCAAGUUGGCCAAAAACUCAGAGGAGGACGGGAUGUUUGCAUAUGUUUUCCAUGAUGAGUUUGUGGCCUCUAUGAUCAAGAUCCCCUCAGACACCUUUACUGUCAUCCCAGACUUUGACAUAUACUACAUUUAUGGCUUUGCCAGUGGGAACUUUGUCUACUUUCUGACUCUGCAGCCUGAAAUGGAGGGUGGGCCUACUACCGGAUCCUCGUCUACAGGCCGGGAGCAGGUCUACACUUCCAAGAUAGUCCGCCUUUGUAAGGCAGACACCGCCUUCAACUCCUAUGUGGAAGUGCCUAUCGGUUGCAUCAGUGGCAACGUGGAGUACCGAUUACUCGAAGCGGCCUACCUGUCCAAAGCCGGUACUACUCUGGCACGCUCGCUAGACGUGCAACCAGAUGACGACGUGUUGUUCGCCGUCUUCUCGAAGGGCCAGAAGAGACGUCCUCGUCAGGCCUCCCAGGACUCAGCACUGUGUGUUUUCUCACUGCGGAAGAUAAACGAGAAAAUCAAGGAGAGGCUGCAGUCCUGCUACAAGGGUGAGGGCACGCUGGACCUGGCUUGGCUCAAAGUCAAAGAUGUCCCCUGCGGCAGUGCGCUCUUGACCAUAGAUGACGACUUUUGCGGCCUCGACAUGAACGCGCCGCUGGGCGUGUCCGAGAUGGUGCGCGGCAAGCCCCUCUUCUCCGAUGCCAACGACAAAAUGUCCUCCGUCAUCGCCUACGUCUACAAGAACCACUCGCUCGUCUUCGUGGGCACAAAAAGUGGCCGUGUCAAGAAGAUCCGGGUUGACGGCUCCUCUCGUGCUCUGCAGUAUGAGACGGUGCAGGCGGUGGACAAUGGACCGAUCCUCCGAGACAUGGCCUUCUCCACCGAUCAGCACUACCUCUACGUCAUGUCAGAGAACCAGCUGGCGAGGGUGCCGGUGGAGGCCUGCAGUCAAUACUCAACCUGCGGUGAAUGUCUUGGAUCUGGAGACCCCCACUGUGGCUGGUGUGUCCUGCACAACAUGUGCGCCAGAAAGGAGAAAUGUGAGCGCUCAUCAGAGCCCCGCCGCUUCGCUUCGGACAUCAAGCAGUGUGUGCGUCUCAGUGUCCACCCAAACAACAUCUCUGUGUCCCAGUUCAGUGUCACGUUGGUGUUGGAAGCCCACAAUGUCCCAGAACUUUCUGCGGGUGUCAACUGCUCCUUCAAGGACCUGGCUGAGAUGAACGGCUUGGUGGAGGGAAACCGGAUCAAGUGCUUUUCACCUGCUGAGAAGGAGAUGCCGCGCCUUAGCGUGGACAAAGGUGACCACCAGAUCGUGCAGCUCUAUCUUAAGUCCAAGGAGACGGGCCUGGCUUUCGCAAAUACCAGUUUUGUUUUCUACAACUGCAGCGUCCACAAGUCGUGUUUGUCAUGUGUCAGCAGUCCCUACCAGUGCCACUGGUGUAAAUACAGACAUGAUUGCACCUACGACCCUCGCACAUGCUCCUUCCAGGAGGGACGGGUCAAGAAGCCUGAGGGGUGUCCCCAGCUACUGCCUGCUGAGAGGAUCCUGGUUCCAGUCAACGUGGUGAAGCCCAUCACUCUGCGGGCAAAGAACCUCCCCCAGCCCCAGUCCGGUCAGAGGGGGUACGAGUGUCUGCUGACCAUCCAGGGAAGUGAGCACCGGGUUCCUGCCUUGCGCUUCAACAGCUCCUCAGUGCAGUGUCAAAACACAUCGUAUUUCUAUGAUGGGAUGGAGAUGAGCAGUCUUCCCGUGGAGUUGACCGUCAUCUGGAAUGGAGAUUUCAGCAUUGACAACCCCGCCCACAACAAAGUCCAUCUUUACAAGUGCGACGCCCAGCGCGGCAGCUGCGGCCUGUGUCUGAAGGCAGACCCGCUGUUUGGCUGUGUUUGGUGCAAAGGGGAGAACCGCUGCACCCUCAAGCAGCACUGCCCGCACCCCGAGAACCAGUGGCUGGAGCACAACGGCAUCAACAGCAAGUGCACCCACCCUCGCAUCACACAGAUCACCCCUCUGCGAGGUCCCAGGGAGGGCGGCACGCUGGUGACCAUCCGUGGGGAGAACCUGGGCCUGGAGUUCACAGAGAUCCAGGGUAACGUGAAGGUGGCUGAAGUGGACUGCACCCCGAUACGCGAGGGCUACAUCCCUGCCGAACAGAUUGUGUGCGAGAUGGGUAAAGCAGAGAAGAGCCAGUACACUGGCAAUGUGCAGGUCUGUGUCGGAGAUGGAGACUGCAGUUCAGAAUUCAAGGCAAAAUCCUCCAAGUACUACUACUUUGUGAUCCCAAGGAUUAUCAACCUGAAGCCGAGCCGUGGGCCGGUCUCUGGGGGAACCGUUGUCAACAUCACUGGCAGCCACCUGGAUGCUGGGAGCAACGUGUCCAUCAUGUUUAAGGACCAGCCAUGCACUUAUCUCAGGAGGGGGGGACAGUGGCUCACCUGCAGAACCCACUCUUCCCUGCAGGGCUUCGGAAACGUGUCUGUGUCCGUGAGCAUAGACCGGGCCCAUCUCCAGAAAGACCUGCGCUUCGAGUAUGUGGAGGAUCCCAGCAUCACUAAGAUAGAGCCUGAGUGGAGCAUCUACAGUGGACACACACCAGUGACAGUGACAGGAACGAACCUGGACAUCAUUCAGACUCCUCUCAUCAGAGCCAAAUACAACGGCCAUGAGACGCUCAAUCUGUGCGAGGUGCUGAGCGCCACAACCAUGCUGUGUCAAGCUCCAGAGCUGCCCAUCAGCUUGGCCCGACAGCAGGAGACGCCUGAACGACCCGAUGAGUUUGGCUUCAAACUGGACGACGUGCAGGCGCUGAUGGCGCUCAACAACAGCAACUUCAUCUACUACCCCAACCCUGAGUUUGAACCACUCAGUGUGUCUGGGGUGCUCGAGCUUAAACCCGGAUCGCCCAUAAUACUGAAGGGGCGAAACUUCCUUCCACCAACCAAUAGUGGGAAUGGAAAGCUGAACUACACCGUUCUGAUUGGAGAGAAGCCCUGCAUGUUGACGGUGUCAGAGACCCAGCUGCUCUGCGAGUCCCCCAACCUGACGGGUCGACACAAGGUCCUGGCCCGUGUGGGCGGCAUCGAGUUCUCCCCAGGUGUGGUCCUCAUCACAUCCGACAGCCCGCUCAGCAGCACCGCAAUCAUCGGCAUCGCUGCAGCCGGAGCUCUGCUCAUCCUCUUCAUCGUGAUGGUGCUCAUCGCCUACAAGCGCAAGUCCCGUGAGAGCGACCUGACCUUGAAGAGGCUGCAGAUGCAGAUGGACAACCUGGAGUCACGUGUGGCCCUGGAGUGCAAAGAGGCUUUUGCAGAGCUGCAGACAGACAUCCAUGAGCUGACCAGUGACCUGGAUGGUGCAGGAAUCCCCUUCUUGGACUACAGGACCUACACCAUGAGGGUCCUCUUCCCAGGCAUAGAGGAGCAUCCUGUGCUUAGGGAUCUGGAGGUGCCUGGCUACCGCCAAGAGCAAGUGGAGAAGGGACUGAAGCUCUUCGGCCAGCUCAUUAACAACAAGGUCUUCCUGCUGUGUUUCAUCCGCACGCUGGAGGCCCAGCGUGGCUUCUCCAUGAGGGACCGAGGCAACGUGGCCUCACUUAUCAUGACAGUGCUGCAGAGCAAGUUGGAGUAUGCCACCGAUGUCCUGAAGCACCUCCUGUCUGACCUCAUAGACCGCAACCUUGAGAGCAAGAACCACCCCAAGCUGCUGCUCCGCAGGACCGAGUCUGUGGCAGAGAAAAUGCUGACCAACUGGUUCACCUUCCUCCUCUACAAGUUCCUUAAGGAGUGUGCAGGCGAGCCUCUCUUCUCCCUCUUUUGUGCCAUCAAGCAGCAGAUGGAAAAAGGCCCCAUUGACUCCAUCACGGGAGAAGCACGCUACUCGCUCAGCGAGGACAAGCUCAUCAGACAGCAGAUUGACUACAAGACGCUGGUGGUGAACUGCAUCCAUCCAGAGAACGAGAAGAGUCCAGAGAUCCAGGUGAAGGCGCUGAACUGUGACACCAUCAGCCAGGUGAAGGAGAAGAUCCUGGACGCCAUCUACAAGAACGUGCCACACUCACACCGCCUAAAAGCCUCCGACAUGGACCUGGAAUGGCGUCAGGGGAGAGGCCAGCGUAAUAUCCUGCAGGACGAGGAUGUCUCCACAAAGAUUGAAGGAGACUGGAAAAGACUGAACAUGUUGGCCCAUUAUCAGGUUACUGAUACUGCAAUAAUGGCUCUGGUUCCUAAGCAAGUUACAGCCUACAACUCAGUCAACAACUCCACUGUUUCUAGAACUUCUGCAAGUAAAUACGAGAACAUGAUCAAGUACACUGGCAGCCCCGACAGCCUGCGCUCCCGCACGCCCAUGAUCACCCCCGACCUGGAGAGCGGCGUGAAGGUUUGGCACCUGGUGAAGAACCACGAGCACGGAGACCAGAAGGAGGGCGACCGCGGCAGCAAGAUGGUUUCUGAGAUCUACCUGACACGACUGCUGGCGACCAAGGGGACAUUACAAAAGUUUGUGGACGACCUGUUUGAGACCAUCUUCAGCACAGCCCAUCGAGGCAGCGCCCUGCCGCUGGCCAUCAAGUACAUGUUUGACUUCCUGGACGAGCAGGCGGACAAACACAACAUCCAUGACCCACAUGUUCGACACACAUGGAAGAGCAACUGCCUACCUCUGCGUUUCUGGGUGAAUGUGAUCAAGAACCCCCAGUUUGUGUUUGACAUCCAUAAGAGCAGCAUCACAGACGCCUGCCUGUCCGUGGUGGCACAGACCUUCAUGGACUCCUGCUCCACCUCAGAACACCGCCUUGGGAAGGACUCGCCCUCCAACAAGCUGCUCUACGCCAAGGACAUCCCCAGCUACAAGAGCUGGGUGGAGAGGUACUACUCAGACAUUAGUAAGAUGCAAGCGAUCAGCGACCAGGACAUGAACGCCUACUUGGCAGAACAGUCACGGAUGCACAUGAAUGAGUUCAACACCAUGAGCUCUCUCAGUGAGAUUUACUCCUACGUGGGCAAAUACACUGAAGAGAUCGUGUGUUCGCUGGAACAGGACGAUGCGGCCAGGAAACAGCGGUUGGCCUUCAAGCUGGAGCAGGUGGUGGCCUUCAUGAGUCUGGAAAGCUGAGGACCGCACUUCCCAGGGCGCACUGGGAAGAGACCCCAUCAGAAACCGAGCCGUGCCUGAGCGAAGACCUGUCCCCAUC